AUGGCGCUAUAUGGGACUUCUGACGCCUUGAUGUGCAGGGCAUUCCCAACGACCUUGAGGGGAUCAGCCCGCGCAUGGUACAGCGGCCUGAAGACCGGGACUAUCUCUUCCUUCGAUCAGCUUGCCCGAGACUUCGAGCUCAAUUUCCUCGCCUACGCCCGUCCGAAACCGUCCGUGGCGCUGCUCCUCGGACUCCACCAAAGGGAGGACGAGCCCCUCUCCCACUUCGUAAACCAUUUCACGACGCAGAUCCGAGGACUCUCAGACGCUCACCCUUCUCUAUUGAUGCAAGCGUUCAUGAUAGGCCUGCGGCCCUCCAGGUUCUUCUGGUCUCUGGUGGAGCGGGCCCCCACGACGGUACCCGAGAUGCUCCAGCGAGCGAGCCAGUUCGUCGCCGCAGAGACAUUGAUGGCCGGGAAGCGCGAAGAGCACAAGAGGGUCAAGCCGGAGCCGCCCCGGCAACAGCAACCCACUGCGUCUCGACGUAGGUUGGACAGAUCCGACCCGCCGACAUCGAGGCCCCCUCUCCCAGCCUUGAACUCGUCCCGAACGGAAAUAUUCCUCCACAUAAGAGAAAAGGGGUUGCUCAAAGAACCUUACCCGAUGAGGAAUCUGCGGGCACUGGCGGACCAGUCGAAGUACUGUCGCUUCCACCGGCAACAUGGGCAUGACACUGAACAGUGUCGGGAGCUAAAGAGGCAGAUCGAGGAGCUCAUUCGUAGGGGACACCUCGGUCAGUACCUCCGACCGGACAAGGAACUUUCACCGUGCCCGGAGGGUCCCAUCGAACGACACAUCGACGUAAUAGCUGGCGGCCCCGCAUCUGGCGGGGAUUCUAUGACCAGAAGAAAGGCAUACGCCAGAGCCGCUCCGGCCGAAGCUCCCAGGCACGGGCCCGAGCCUAACAUCACCUUCCCAGCUGAGGCAUCCGAACAAACCGAGCACGACGAUGCGCUCGUGAUAUCGGCCAGAAUAGCCAAUGCACAAGUAAGAAGGAUCAUGAUCGAUACCGGGAGCUCAGCCGACAUACUCUACUUCAACGCCUUCCAAAAGCUCGGCUUAUCCGGAGAUAGCAUGAAGCUGAUAUUCUCGGCACUCACCGGAUUCACCGGUGAUUCAAUCUCGCCGCUAGGGGCGAUCACUUUACCCUUGACCCUGGGAGCCCCACCAAGGUCGAAGACGGUGAUGACCACCUUCCUGGUAAUCGACCUCCCCGCUGCAUACAACGCCAUCCUCGGCCGGCCGACCCUCAACAAAAUCAGAGCUGUCGUCUCGACCUACUACCAAACUGUGAAGUUCCCAACCCACGCCGGGACCGGAGAGGUCGCAGGAAGUCCCUAA